AUGACCAUUCGAAAAUUAAAUGAAACAGUUAUACGUAAGCUGCGCGCAUCACUUGUAAUCACAUCGAUUGCACAGUGUGUACUCGAACUCGUUCAAAACAGCAUCGAUGCCUCUGCAACUACAAUUGAAAUACGCGUGGAUGUCUCUACAUAUUACGUACAAACCAUUGACAAUGGUACUGGGAUAUCACCAGAAGACCUGAAGAAAGUCGGACAGCGCUAUGCCACGUCAAAGUGUCAUACGCUAGACGAAUUACAAAAAGUCAACACUUAUGGUUUUCGAGGAGAGGCACUGGCCAGCAUUGCAGAGGAGGCGAUAGUUGAGAUAAUAAGCAAACAUCCUGGUUGCUACGACACGUACUCGAAAACGAUAAAGGGUGGACAACUUAUUCAGUAUGGGCCCACAAGAUAUAAUAAUCGAAGAAACAGUGGGACUACGAUUAUAAUACGAGACUUGUUCUAUCGCUAUCCAGUUCGUCGAAGGCAACAAGCACAGACACCGGCUUCAUUUGCUAAUGAGAUCGAUAGCGUGAAGCGAGCAGUGGAGACGAUUGCUCUCAUUUAUCCAAACAUUAUCUUCACUUUAAUAGACACGUUGCGCGAUGCAAAGAUAGUAAUGACACGCAAGACAAAUUCGUCCAUCUCGACGUUUAGACAGCUCUUUGGAGUUUCGCUCUCCCAACAUCUGGAAUCUGUGUCUGAAGAAGAGGAUGAUUUUGUCAUAAAAGGUUUUAUUUCAACGAGAGGCUUACCAUCGCGUCAACACCAAUACAUUUUUGUUAAUAAUCGACUCAUUGCCUAUAAUGACAUCCACAGAACCAUCGACGAAUUGUUUGCUCAGAGUAGCUUUCCGGACAGAGUCAAUGACACUUUGGACUUGAUCUCCAGCAUGGAGAUAUCAUCUGAUCAGAGGCAGAGAAAGUCAAUGGGGAAAUAUCCCGUGUAUCUACUGCAACUUACUUGUGCUGCGACCGAGUACGAUAUUUGCUUGGAUCCUGCAAAGAAUAUUGUGGAAUUUCAGAACUGGGAAAAGAUACUGAGACUAGCCUCAUCUUUGAUCAUCGAUUUUCUCAUAAAACACAAAUUUGCGGAACAUUCAAAUUCAUCUGAUGACAGUGUUUGUGAGGAUGCGGAUGGGAGAAAUGACACUUGUCCUAGAUUGAGAUUUGAUGAAUUGUCGCAUAUUAAAUGCAGUGGUGUAAAAGAACAUUUAUUUACUGAUAAAGAAUUGAAGGGCGGCUCAUGUGAAAUGUCAAUGGUAUCCGAAGAGUUACCACGUACACCAAAGUCCGUACGUACGGAAAUGAAUGAAUAUUCCAAGUGGACUGAUCCAAUUACGAAAGAAAGUUUCUACGUUGAUAAGAGGACAGGAAACUCGUACAAGACGAUACCGUGUUAUAGUGAUGAAACCGAGAACAAUCCCAUGCCAAUAUCGACCAGAGGAUGCGUUGAUAGGAGUCGUCUGCGAACGUCAGCAGAUUGUAAAAAUAACGCGAAUUUAAAUCUAUGGGCACAUGACGUAUUUAAGAAAUGGACAGGCUCAAAUAUCAACAACACGUCUGAAACGCCAAUACCUCAUUUAAUGCUACCUGGUGCCAACAUGAAAAAAAUGACAACCCGAAAUUUAUUCUCGUGGUGUGCAUCAGCAACGAUGGAUAUAUCCAAAUAUCGAUUCACGAAACAAGAUCUAAAAUCAGUCAAAGUAAUAGGCCAGGUAGAUGACAAGUUUAUCGCAUGUAAAUUGCAAUGCAGUGAUACACACACGAGCAGCAAUGGCUCAUCUACCCUAAUACUCGUCGAUCAACAUGCAGCAGAUGAGAGAAUAAGAGUCGAGAUGUUGUUGAAAGAAUUUUGCGAGUAUGACUCGGACCAGGCAAAGGCCACCGACUCUCGUCUUGGCAUAUCCAUAGUUGAGACAAUACAUCUCAAUCCGCCGGUCAAGGUUUCUCUGUCGACACGCGAAGCAUUAGUGGCUCAACGGUUUAUAGACCAAUUCAACAAAUGGGGAAUAUACUUUGCCUCGCAAUCUACUUUACAGACAUUUGAUACUACAUCUACAGCGGAAUUGGACAUAUCACCUCAUUUCUCCAGGCUCAAUGACCAUGUCACGGAACAUGUUACACAUCUGCCUCGUAUGAUAGCAGAUAAAUGUGUGGCAGAUUCACGCGUUUUACAAGGGAUAAUAAGACAACAUUUGUAUUGGCUAGAGGAUACUGGCGGAAUUGGAGUGAGCGUGGAUGAUGACGGCGGAUACACAGAGAGUGAAGAAGAAUGGCCAAACAUGAUAAGAAGAUGUCCAAGAGGAAUAUUGGACAUUAUUAAUUCGAAAGCAUGUAGAGGUGCCAUAAUGUUUAAUGACAAGUUAUCCCGCGAGAAUUGUAUUGAAUUGGUAUCAAAACUUGCUGAAUGCAUGUUUCCGUUUCAGUGUGCUCAUGGAAGACCAUCGAUGAUUCCAGUGGUUUCCCUAGAUAGUGUGCAAAAGUCCAGAUUUGCUCAAAAGAAAGGUCGACAUACCAGAAUGUCUAGACAAGAUACCGCGAGUGGCAGUAAUUGUGAUUUUAGAGAAUGGAAACGACAAAAGUUCUCUAGCGAGAUCGAUUAG